UUGACACCCUCAAAACUUUUUAAUCACCGUGAUUGUAUUCAGACCCUAUAAUCAAUCUUUUUCUUGAUAGAAAUGGGAAAAAAAGCGGUGCUAAUCGGAUGUAAUUACGCCGGAACAAAGGCACAGCUCAAGGGAUGCGUUAAUGAUGUCAAAAAAAUGCAUCGUUGUCUGAUCGAUCGUUAUGGGUUCUUGGAAAACGACAUUAAGGUCCUUAUUGAUGCCGACGAAUCAUAUACUCAGCCCACCGGUCGUAACAUCCGCAGCGCUCUUUCUGAUCUUAUCAAAUCCGCCGAGUCCGGCGACUUCCUCUUCGUCCAUUACAGUGGCCAUGGCACUCGACUCCCUGCAGAAACCGGUGAAGAUGAUGAUACAGGCUACGACGAGUGUAUUGUCCCAUGCGAUAUGAAUCUCAUCACCGAUGAUGACUUCAGGGAGCUUGUAGAUAAGGUACCUCAAGGUUGCAGAAUAACCAUCGUAUCAGAUUCAUGCCACAGUGGAGGACUCAUAGAUGACGUUAAAGAACAGAUAGGUGAGAGCUUCAAAGACGAAUCAGAAGUUCAAGGAGAUGGAAACUCGGCUUCUGGAAUUCGAGGUUUCUUACAGAAAACUGGAGAUGCAAUAGAGUCUGCAUUUAAACGUGACGAUGGUGAUGACGUAGAUGAUGUAAGUGUAAACAACAAAUCUUUGCCUCUUGACAUCAUCGUGGAUAUACUAAAGCAGAAAACCGGGAAAGAAGAUAUAGACGUUGGGAAUGUUCGGCCAACUUUAUUCGAUUUAUUUGGUGAAGAUUCAACUCCUAAAGUUAAGAAGUUCAUGAAGGUUCUCUUCAACAGUCUCCAAGGUGGAGACGGCGGUGCUGAUGGUGGUGGUGGUGGUGGGUUUUUGGGAAAGGUGAGUGAACUCGCUCAGAGUUUCUUGAAACCGAAGCUGGAGAACAAUGCAGAUUAUGGGAAACCCGCCAUGGAAGCAGAAGUUGAAGGUAAACAAGAUGCGUAUGCUGGAUCAAAGAAAAAGAAGCUGCCGGAGAAUGGGAUUUUGAUUAGUGGUUGUCAGACUGAUCAAACGUCGGCGGAUGCAACACCUACAAAGAACGACAAGGCUGAAUCUUAUGGCGCAUUAAGUCAUGCAAUUCAGAAGAUUGUUGAAGAGUCUGAAGGGAAGAUAACCAAUCGUGAGGUUGUCUUGAAGGCUAGGGAAUUAAUGCAGAAACAUGGGUUUAAACAACGGCCGGGACUUUAUUGUGAGGAUAAACAUGUUGAUGCUUUUUUCAUCUGCGAUUAA